AUCAAUCCCUAGUCCAGCCAACCCUGGGGGAAAGCCCAGAAUCUUGACGCAGAGCGAGGACAGCAAAUCCUCCCUUGGGAUGACGCUCUUUGUCUGCUGACGGUGCGGGGUCGACCGGGUUGUUGUGGUGCCGUUUGUCGCACCUGGCCAGCGAUCUCCGCCAGUGGCGUUACUCGCGAGGGGUGCUUCUCCAACCCAGGGGAUCAGGAUGACGACACUGACGCGACUCAUCAAAGGGGGGGCCGAUGGGCCGCCACCGAACAUUAAAACGGGGCCACCUCACAAACAACGCUUCUUUCACUGUUGUACUCCCCGCUCGCCCAAGUUUCCAUCACUCGAGACUUGCACUCGCGCUGCUUCGAAGUAACUAUCAUCCCGUUUUGUAAACUGUCCAAACUGAGGACCGCUCUAUUCCACCAUGGAGGGAGCACACACCCAGAAAGGCCCCAAGAAGAUGAGCCACCCGCACCACCCGCACCACGUCGUGCCCAAGCACGAGUCGGGCUACACCGACGAAGCGGCCGAGGAGUGCCACGACCUCAUCGACAAGGCCGAGGAGGACGCGCAUCUCCACGACCCCAACUCGAUGUACUCGAUCACGGACAAGCCCGAGCCGGUGCAUAGGAUGAAGGGCGGCCUCGAGAGCGCAGGCGCAGGCGCGGGCGCAGGCGUGGGCGCCGCCGGUGCCGGCACUGGCACCGGCGCCGGCACGAGCGCCGAAACUCCCCGCAGCACGGCCGAGAAGAUGCAGGAGACGGGAAAGCACAUCAAGAGCACAAUUGGAGAGAAGGUGGAGCACAUGAAGGAGAAGAUGGGCAUGAAGAAAUGAGGACGCCUGCUGUUCUGCUCAGCUAGUUGGGAGUGGCAUGCUCUAUCCUCGAUGACAAUUAGUAGCAAAAUGAGUAAAUGGGAUGUGUACUAAGUGAAUUCUUGUUACCUACCUGGUUUGAGAUGUCGUAAGACUUCCACUUGAAUAGCCAGGGCAAAGUUGGAUUGUGUGGUGAGCGACUCAUUUACAAGGGCGGUGAUAGAAGACCGGGGGCGGUAAUCUCGGUCUUUGAUCCCAG